AUGGUUAAACUCAUCAUUCUCAUUGCUCUCGUAUGUUUGGGAUUGGUCUCAGCUGGUAACAAUGAACGACAACGUGGUGAUAGUCGUCAUGAUGAUAGUCAUCAUGGCUCUGAUAGUCCCCGUGGCUAUGAUAGUCCCCGUGGCUAUGAUAGUCCCCGUGGCUAUGAUAGUCCCCGUGGCUAUGAUAGUCACCGUGGCUAUGAUAGUCACCGUGGCUAUGAUAGUCAUCGUGGUGGUAACAAUCAUUAUGGUGGUCCAAUUGGAGUUUUACUUGAAACUAAUGAAUUAAAUUGUUCGAUACCAGCUCAUAUUAAAUUAAUUACUUCAUAUAAAUCAUACUGCAAUUAUUUAUUAUUUAAACUUAUUAAUUUAUAA